UGUGUGUAUAGUAUGGAUUUCUUGGAGUACAAACAUUCAUUCAUUAAAUGUCAAACAGAUUGAUUUUUUUCUUGUUCCACUGCCAGAUGCUGCGAUUGGCUGCUAGAUUCUUUGAUCUGCCCGAAUUUCCCUCCUCCAGCAAACAUUGUAUAUAUUACAAUGUGCCUAUAGUUUUCUCUAGAAACUCAAUGUGGAAGAUGUUUGAGAACUUUCAGUGUUUUUUAUUUAUUUAUUUUUAACUUUUUGAAAAAAAAUUCUUGGCAGUGGACUUUAAUGACUAUAGCCUUGAAGAAAAUGCGACUUUUUAUUGGAGUUAUUUAGAGGAGGAAACAGUUUGUUGUUAGUUAUUUUUUCUGAUUUUUAUUUCAAAGAAAUGUGAUAUUAUUGUUUAGUUACCCUUUUUCCACUAGUGGACUGGAUUGGGAUCUUUUCCUGUAAAUAGACAUUCCUGUUCUUAAGAUGUGAAGGCUGGAGUAUUUAGUUAAACCAGGUGUAUGGGACUAAUUAAUGUAAUAGUACAUGAAGGUAAAUAUUGAUUUGUACAGUUAUUGCUUUUAAUCACCAGGAAAUUCUAUUGUCUCUCAAAGUAAGCAGCGGAGGGGCAGAGGAUUUUCUAGUGUAGGAAAAAAAUUGUCAAUAUUCAAUCUUGGGAAUUGCUCCUCUUCUUGAUCUACAUUUCAUUGCUUGGAAGGUGCCAUUAUUGGUGAAACCUACAAAGAAAUGCUUGACAUUGUCACAGAACAAUAGCUUGUGCAGGUACCCUGCAGACUGGGAUUGAUUUAAUUGUUUAUCAGCAAAGCUGUAAAUCGGAAGAUUUCUUGUUCGUGUUGGUGACAUAAUUCUUGAGUGCAUUCUUGUUAUGUGCACUUCAUUCUUCUUUAUGGCAGCAUGAUAAGGGUUCUAUAAUUCAGAAAGCAAUUUGAAGGCGACGUUUCAAAACCUGUAAAAAACAAUGCAUCUGUUUAGAAAAUCCAGGAGUAGAUCUCCGACAUUUGAAAUUCCAAAACUUUGCUUAUCAAAGCAGAAAAAUGUGUCGAUUGAGGAGCCUAGCUCAGUCUCCAAUGGGCUGGAGGUGCCCCUGGAGCAGAGGGGAAGGUCCACAAGUUUCGACUCGAGUUCUCUGUGCUCAGAAAAGAAUGAGUUUCUUCAGGUUCCAAUCAUGACGGGAAGGAGAUGUCAUUCUUUUGAUUCCUGUACCAUAGGGUCACGAAGCUGGAGUGCAGAAUCCUCGGAUGACAAUACAUCUGAAAGAGAAUCCACAAAAAGUUGGAAUCAUUUACGGAUUCCCAGAGGGAAACGGCGGAGUUCCAUGGAUAUCCCCAAACUGUGCAUACAUUGUGUUCACAUGGAGAGAUUUGUAGAAAAAGAACAGGGAGAACUGAAUGGGAGACAUUUUUACCUGGGAAGUGAAGAACACCUAGCCUCGGGUUCAAGCACCAGCUAUACGACUUCAUCGGAUGAAGGGUCCUUGACGUCGGAUAUAGACUUCUAUCUGUCGGAUGAAUCUUCACAAGGAGAUCACUGUGACAGAGAGAGUGAUGCUGAGCCAUAUUUAAGUGACACAGGUAGAAAUAAGAGCUGCUCUCCAGAUUGCGGCUAUCCAAAGAGUUCAAACUCUCAUUCCCCUUCUCCUGACAAUCGUAAAUCCCCUGACGACCGUCCGUACACAAAUGCUGUCACCCUGGAAGUUCCCGUAAUUCGACAACACAGAUCCACUUCUCUAGAUGGAGCUUUAUUACAAUCCAAUUCCAACUCGGAUGUGGCGGUUAAACCAGUUAGUCCGAGUCGUGGAAUGGUACAACGACAAGAUUCGUUUGACGAGGGAUUAGUACUAGACGAUGGGUCAAAAUCUCAAGUACGAUCCACAUCAGUGGAUGUCAAUUUACCAACAGAGGAGGAAAAACAUUACAAAGCUAUCACUGGAUCACCGAAGGCUAUUUCUAAGAGCACAUUCAGCAAUACAAACUACCUUCAUCCGAGUCAUGCGGAGUCGGGAUUCAGGAGGAGAGAACUCCGGUCGACGGUGGACUGGGCGGAUCAGGCGGUCAAUAGUGAUCACUUGUGGGUGGACACUAAUGCCUCGGGUGACUACUGCUACGCCAUGGAACCAGAUUGUCUGAAAACGGGACCAAGGAAAAAAUGUAUUGCUUGCAAGAUUGUGGCUCAUACAAUGUGUAUUCCUGUCUUAGAAAAGAAAAAUUUGAGAUGUAAACCAACAUUCCGAGAGGCUGGUGUACGAAAUUAUCGAGAGGAAAGCGACUCUGAACCUUCGCAAACAUUCAUGAGACACCAUUGGGUCCACCGACGGAGGCAGGAGGGAAAGUGUAAACAGUGUGGGAAGUCUUUUCAGCAGAGAUUUGCAUUCCAGAGCAAGGAGAUAAUUGCGAUCAGCUGUUCGUGGUGUAAGGCAGCGUAUCAUAAUAAGGUGUCCUGCUUUAUGAUGCAGCACAUAGAGGAACAGUGCACACUGGGUGCCCAUCAGAGCAUCAUAGUUCCACCGUCGUGGAUCAUAAAACUUCCAAAAAAAGGGUCUUUCAAAUCAUCAUUGAGAAAAAAGAGGCGAGCCUCUAUAAAACGAAAGAAAGCCAAGGAAGAAAAUCGUCCAUUCAUAAUCAAGCCCAUUCCCUCCCCCCUCCUAAAGCCACUUCUCGUCUUCAUUAAUCCCAAGAGUGGUGGGAACCAAGGGGCCAAACUCAUGCACAAGUUUUGUUGGUGGUUAAACCCCCGUCAGGUGUUUGACUUAUCUCACGGAGGACCACGACCAGGACUUGAGCUGUAUAAGAAAGUGCCUAACUUGCGUAUCCUGGCCUGUGGGGGAGACGGAACGGUAGGCUGGAUCCUCUCCGAAAUCGACAGUCUGGGCAUUAAACCUCCCCCACCCGUAGCCAUCAUGCCACUGGGCACAGGCAAUGAUCUCUCUCGAACCCUCAACUGGGGAGGGGGCUAUGCAGAUGAACCAAUCACCAAAAUCCUUAGUUAUGUGGAGGAGGGCCAAGUGGUUCAGCUAGACAGAUGGAACGUGGAAGUUUCUCCUAAUGCCGCGGCGGAGAAUGAUGUCUGUGAUGAACCAUUAGUAACCGACCAACUACCCCUCGAUGUGUUCAACAACUACUUCAGUCUCGGGGCCGACGCCCACGUCGCUCUAGAAUUCCACGAAAGCAGAGAGGCCAAUCCAGAAAAGUUUAACAGCAGGUUUUGGAACAAAAUGUUCUAUGCAGGUGCUGGUGGACGUGACAUGCUCAGGAGAAGUUGGAAGGGCCUGGCCGACCAUAUACAGCUUAUACCCUCGUAUGCUAGUGGGACGUUACCCUGGGGGAAUCCUAACACACCAGGAUUUGAACCCCAACGCCAUGACGACGGUUACCUAGAGGUCAUAGGGUUCACGUACUCCUCCUUGGCCACCUUGUAUAUGGGAGGGCAUGGAGAGAGGUUAAUACAGUGCAGGGAAAUCAAGCUAAUAACUCUCAAGGCAAUUCCGAUGCAGGUGGAUGGUGAGCCGUGCAGGUUACGGCCCUCGACCAUUGUCAUCCGAGCGCGGAAUCAGGCCAACAUGAUCGCCAAACCAAAGAGGCGGGGCUCAGUACCCAUAGCCAAUGACCCCCCGUCCAUGCCUGAACGACUUCGAAUACAGGUCAGCCGUAUCAGUAUGGCCGACUAUGAGCAUCUGAAUUAUGACAAGGAUCGCCUCCGAGGAGCAUCUGUGCCUCUAGGGCUGAUAGUGGUAGACAAUAAUGCAGACCUAGAUCAAGUUAGACAGAUCAUCAACAAAUUACAGCAGGGAAACAACGAACUCAACUCUUCUUCACAACCUUUGUCUUCAAAAUGGUGCUUCUUAGAUUCUACAACGGCUGAGAGAUUUUUUCGAAUUGACCGGGCCCAGGAACAGUUACACUACAUCACAGACAUCUCCUCUGAGGACCUUUAUAUACUAGAUCCUGACAUGGCCAGCACUCAACAUUCCACAGGGAACGGGGAGGUGACCAAACCCCAGGAAGAUAAAGGCCUAGUCUUCACCUUCUCAAUGCCAGUCACCCCACCCAAGUCCCCAGGCAUUUCAGAGGCUGGACAUAAUAAUAAUGAGGAAAAGCAUACUCUACCUGUGCCAAAGUCCCCGGGGGAAAACAGGGCCACACUUCCUCGACCCGAGAGUAAGGAAAAUUUACUCACCCCGCCCUCCCCUGGCUCAGAUAACAGUCAUAUGCCCCUUUGCAGAGCAAGCCCUCAUAAGGGCACAUGGGUCUGUGUUCGGGUCGCAGACCGCAGCUUUCUACGUCACUCACUGGGCUCUGAGCCAGGCUCGCCAAACUCUCCCAAUGACUACAGUUCCAAGCAGUACCAGUUUAUGUCAGUGGCCAAUGCAACAGCAGCAGGAAAGGCAAAGAAACUCACAGUUGCUGACAAAGCUGAUGAAGAUCAGUUAACACAUGCUGAAAUCUCUCUUGAUAAAAGAUUGAUAGAUGCUUCAAAGAGAGGUGAUUUAACAAAGUUGGUUGACUUGUUCUGUAAUCAGGAUGCGGACCUUCUAGCGACUGACCAAUAUGGCAUGACCUCACUGCACCAUGCUGCACGGUUUGGACAUAAGGGCAUUGUCAAAUAUCUCAUAGAUAAUGCUCCCCCUGUCAUUUUGGAUAUGGUGGACUAUGAGAAAGGACAGACAGCAUUACACAAGGCAGCGUGGUACCAGAGACGGACGAUCUGUUACAUGUUAGUGGAGGCCGGCGCCUCCCUCACACGUACUGACUACCAGGGGAACACGCCGCGGCUACAGGCACUGAAGGCCGAUGACAAAGAGCUGGCCGCUUAUCUAGAAAGUCAGGAGCAUUUUCAACUGGUUGUGUCAGAGGAUCAAGAAACAGCUGUUUGACUGGUUCCCCAGAAAAACAGCAGUUUGACUGGUCCCCGAGUUCCAUUAAAGGCCAAUACAUGUGAUAAAAAACCCUGAACUUGGCCCUACAUUGUGAUAUUUCUGACAACUUUCCACUUUUUCGUGUUUUCUCCCAGUUUUGUGAUGCAGUGAAUGGUGUGAGUCAUGAGUGGGUACUUUAUAAAAAAGUGUGAGAUAAUUUUUUCUACUUUUUUUCCUAAUAUCUUUGUCUAGGAUUAUUUUUGUCUUUGGAUUUGAUUGGUUCUCACAAUUAUCUGUGAUAUAUAGGCUGUUUCAAAUUUAUUCACAGUUUGUGUAUUCAAAAUUGGAUAUUUGAUUUCAAAUUUGCAAAUGAUUGCUUGAAUUUGAAGUUAUAUCACAAGGACAUUUGUUGAUACAAGUUAUUAGCAAGUAAACACUUUCUCCAGACUUUUCCUUUUUGGAUG